UUCGACACCUAAAGACUGACUCUUUAUAUUUUACAAAAGCCCACUGUUUGAGAUUUUCCAUCCUAUCUAGUAUUCAAAUGUAUGCGUACUAUCUGUUGGGCAGGCUCUCUGUGGUCAAUGGGGGGAGAGCUUCCUUAUCUCAGUCAAACCUGAGCACCACGGACGUUCUGUGAAACAGUGGUUUCCUGCGUAUGGUAUUGUCAGUUCUUGCUUUCUUUUUUCUUCAUUACGAUUUCGUUUCCUUCUGUGUGCUUGCGACAUUCCUAAACAGCAGUUGAAAUGACACCGCUACAAUUCAAAGAUUCUUUUUGGGUGAGUAAACGGGUUGAGCUACUUUGACAUUAGAUUGAGCGUUGUUGUCUGUUAGGGCUGACGUGCCUGAGGUUAACAGGAUUGCAUAUGAUUGACAGCACAGAUUAUUAAAGUCUAACUUCCAAUAAUACACCAGCAUCACAUUGCCGUGCGCUUUAAAAGAACAGAAAGGCACAGAUUUCACCAGUAACGCUGGGUACGAGACUCUUAUCCAGAAGCUAUGUGAUGGGCGGCGGGCUUGCAAGGAUGUGGAGGAGCUCUUAAAAAUGAGAGCGAUGGCAGAGGAAAGGUACGGCAAGGAAUUAAUUACUAUUGUACGCAAGACAGGAGGGCAAAGUGAAAUUGGCACUUUGAAGGCAUCGUUUGACCAGCUAAAAGCCCAAAUGGAGAACAUUGGAAAUUUGCACAUUCAGCUCUCUGGGAUGUUACGAGAAGAGGCGAAACGAAUGGAGCAGUUCAGAGAGCGACAAAAGGAGCAGCGGAAAAAGUUUGAAGGGGUCAUGGAAAAGGUUCAGAAGAUCAAAGUGUCAUUAUAUAAGAAAACCAUGGAGUCUAAAAGGAUGUAUGAACAGAGGUGUAAAGAGGCGGAUGAAGCUGAACUGGCUGCUGAAAAGCUCAACAGUACACCCACUGUAACGCCUAAACAAUCUGAAAAGACACAAAACAAAGCAAAACAGUGCAGGGAUGCAGCAACGGAUGCAGAGAAACAGUACAUGUCAAACAUAGAGCAGCUGGAUAAGAUUCGUCAGGAAUGGGAGAUCACGCAUGAGUGCACAUGUGAGGUUUUCCAGCAGCAGGAAGAUGACCGCAUUAAUAUUUUGAGAAACGCUAUUUGGGUCCACUGUAAUCACUUUUCCAUGCAAUGUGUCAAAGAUGAUGAGUGUUAUGAUGAGGUGAGGAGUGUGCUAGAACUGUGUGACAUCACGGAAGACAUCAACAGUUUCAUCAAGACAAAAAGCACUGGCACCACUCCAGCAGCGCCCAUUGUGUUUGAAAACUAUUAUGAAAGAGAGCCAACAACAGACAGCAAUGGCAUCGCACGCUUUGGAGGAGGUGUGAUAAAGAGGUUUUCAAAUCUCUUGCAAGGCAAUCAUGCCGUUGGCUCCAGGACUAAUAUCAAUGAAUGUGUUCAGCCGUCCGCACCUCCAUCAGUGGACACUGCAGAUGGAGUGUAUGCCUCCAUUCCUGGAUUUCCACAGGCGACUUCAGACAGCGCUGGCUCUCAAAGCGACACAUUCCAGGCUCAGUAUGACUAUGUGGCUCAGGGCGCUGAUGAGCUCUCCAUCUCUGCGGGGGAAGUGCUGCUCGUGGUGGAACAGGGAGGAGACGGCUGGUGGACGGUGGACAGAGAUGGCCAGACCGGGCUGGUGCCAGGCUCCUACUUGGCCAAGAUAUGAAUCAAGAGUCCAGCACAAACUUCCUUAAACACACUCUCUAAUAACAGAGUUAUUAAGGGCACUCUCUACAAAAGAUUAGUUUGCUUAAAUGCAUUUAAGCAGUAGCACAUCCAUCCUGAAAAUCUGUAUGGAACGUAGUAAAUGAAUCAAAACGGGUUAAUAUGUAUAUUGAAAACUGUUAAUUAUACAUGAUUAUCACAAUAGAGAUUUAUAUUUAUUAAAAACAUUUAUUUAUUAUGAAUGAAAAACUUAUGAAUGUAUAACAGACGAUGAGUAGCCACUACGGACUUGCCAGGAUUUAGUUUACUCGAUGUCAAUGCACAGCCUAAACAGAUUUGAGUGUACAUAGAUAUUUAAACAGAGUACAAAAUGUCAUCUCUAUUUACUUUUUGGAAUGAUAAUCAGUGUAAAUAUUAUAGCAUCUAGAAUAGAGCCUUAAGUUCAGCAUUCUGCAUUUAUCACUUGUAUUGCAUAGAAUAAAAGCUGUGUAAUGAUCAUUGCA